AUGAUCAUCCCCAUCACCCUGCCCGCGCCGUCCUCGCCCUCUUCCCCAGCCCUGCCUCCCAACAUCGCCCGCAUCGGCACCUCCGAGCUCGUCCUCAUCGAGCUCCAAGGCGACAUCCACGCCGACGGCGACAGGCGCGACCAGCCCAUCGGCACGCUCACCGUGCCCGACGCCAGCGAUACACAGGUGCGCGCGCGCGAGUUUCUUCUCUACGGGAUCGCUUCUACCAUGCCGACGCUGACUCCCUUGCAUGAUCGCGCGCACAAGGCGAAACCGACCCUGCGCAUCGGGCAUCAUCUCCUCGAAGGCAAACUCGUUUCGCUUCCCAAACCCCUCGCCGUCCUGCACCGCACCACCCCCGCACCUCCCUCCGACCCCUCUGCCCCAUUCACCACGUCUGCCUCUGCCUCUGCCUCUGCCUCUGCCUCUGCCUCUGCUUCCUAUGACUCUCCAGCCGCGCAUCCCACGACGCGGCCCCCGGCCACGUACACCAUCGCCGCCAUCGUGCGCAAAAAGCUCGUCUUCGCCCGCCGCCCGAUGCCCAUCGUCGGCCAGAGCCAGACGCGCGCGGAUGCCGCCGCCGCCGCGUCCGCCGCCGCGCGUCCCAUGAACGUGAACGUCAUCGCGAAAACGGCGUGA